UCCGCGGGUCUCCGGUCAGCACCGGGCCGAUCACACACACACAGAUGCCCGCUGAAGUCAACCCUGCAGUCAGUGGGGUGGGAGGGGGUUAAAACAUCACCAUCAUCCAGGUACGGUAAACGAGCCGAAGCUAUCCGACGUAUGACGCUCGAUUCUUGGCGUGUUGUUGACAGCUGCUUCCCCUGGAGCUCGGAAGCCUUCUUUUUUAUUUACCCCCCUUUUUAAAGAACCGUAUUUGGAUCAGUCGGUGUUAUUUUAUUAUUGUGCAUUAAAGAGAAGAGGACCAAGCUUCCUUUCCUGCAUCCUUAAACCACUUCUGCACACAGGUGCUAUGAGCAGUGAGCUGAAUGUACCAAUGGGCUCGCCGGCUCCAGGUGUGUCGGAUCGGCCUCCGGACGGCGGAGGGAUGGACUACAGGGACUGGGUGCGGCGUAGUUACCUGGAACUGGUCAGCUCCAACCACCACUCGGUGCAGGCGCUGUCUUGGAGGAAACUCUACCUGAGUCGGGCCAAGCUGAAGGCCUCCAGCAGGACCUCGGCCCUGCUGUCCGGCUUCGCUAUGGUGGCGAUGGUGGAGGUGCAGCUGGAGAUGCAGUACAACUACCCCCGCGUGCUCCUCAUCGCCUUCAGCGUGUGCACCACGGUGCUGGUGGCGGUGCAUCUCUUCGCCCUGCUGAUCAGCACCUGCAUCCUGCCCAACGUGGAGGCGGUCAGCAACAUCCACAACCUCAACUCCGUCAGUGAGUCGCCCCACGAGCGAAUGCACCACUACAUCGAGCUGGCGUGGGGCUUCUCCACCGCUUUGGGCAUCCUGCUGUUCUUAGCCGAGGUGGUUCUCCUCUGCUGGAUCAAGUUCCUGCCUGUAGACGCCAAAAAACCAGAUCCUGCCGCUACGCCAGCACCGGCGCAGAACAGCGGCUGGCAGGCUGCGCUGGCCUCCACCAUCAUCAUGGUGCCGGUCGGGGUGAUUUUCGUGGUGUUCACCAUUCACUUCUACCGCUCUCUGGUGCGCCACAAGACGGAGCGCCACCACCAGGAGAUUGAGGAACUGCACAAGAUUAAAGUGCAGCUGGACGGCCAAGAGAGAGGCUUCCAGUCUGUGUGAUGUGAUCACACCACGGCAGCUUUAACCCUUCGUAUUUAUCAAACCCAUCUCUCUCUCUCUCUCUCUCUCUCUCUGACGUUGGUUAUGGCCGUUGUCCAUGCCUUGCUCAGAGAUUUUAAAAGCUCCUCGUGGCCGAAAUAUGUCAGACUGCUAAUUUAUUAAAUAAGAUAAAAUAAUGAUAAUGAUAAAGAUAAUGUUUAAUAGGAUUUGUGCAGUGACUGUCUGUGUUUUUGUAAUCUGUCUAGGUCAAUCCUGUUAGGAGGAUAAUGAAAGAUGUAGAGAAAAAGGGCUAAAAUGUUCUGUGUGCCAUUUUGUUGUUGUUGUUGUUGUUGUUGUUGCCAUGUCUGUUUUAACAGCAGGACUGAGUGUCGAUAGCGUGUCCAUUUUUGAAUCCAGUUAUAGGCUUAACAAAUCUCUCAUCUGACAGUUUAUCUCUCUUAAUUUCUUGUUAGCAAAGAACAAUGUAGAAAACCAUUUAAACCUGUGCUGGUUUUCACUUUUCAACAAGAACAAACUGCAGCUCGAGCUCCGCUUUCUCCUCGGCCAAAGAUUGUUCCACGUUCUCUUUCUCAGGAUCGGACCAUGUGUGUUUUUACAGUUUAAACAACACCAACAGAGUCUGUAGAGGAAAUUUAAAAGUUAAGCCUUCAAGCCAUUAAAACUUAAUUUCACUGAAUCAGAAUCUCUGGUAUUUAUAAGUUGUGCCAAAGUAAGUUUCAACUUGAGGAGCUUAUUUCAUGUUUUUGUAGCUGCAGGAUAAAUUAAACCACCACUAAAAGCUUCUAACCUUCUCAGCCAUCGAAAGCUUCACUGCACAUCUGAUACUUUGAGGUUUAGUUAUGAAUUCAGAAAGUUAAAGGGAUUCAAAAUGAUUUCAGUGCUGGAUUCAGAUUCAAUGAAACGCCAUCGAAGCCCGAAUCCUGCUUUAUUGUCUUCUCUUUAUUCUGACUGACUGAGGUUGUUUCUACACCGUGUGUGUGUGUGUGUGUGUGUGUGUGUGUGUGUGUGUGUGUGUGUGUGUGUGUGUGUGUGUGUGUGUGUGUGUGUGUGUGUGUGUGUGUGUGUGUGUGUGUGUGUGUGUGUGUGUGUGUGUGUGUGUGUGCGCGCGCGUGUGUGUGUGCGCGCGCGUGUGUGUGUGUUCGGUGCGGGGAAAAAGGGUGAGAAAUAACCGUCAGAGUCAACAAGCUUUGUCUUUAAAGUCUUAAGUCUUAAAAAUAAUAAUGUAUCAUUCUUGUGAAACAGAAGGGAAGUCGGUGACACUGUGUUUUUAUGUCCAAAAUCUCACAAAGCUUUCAAAACAUUUUGUCAUUUCCUUCCUUUAAAAUAGCUUUUUACAAAGCCUAUAUAAAAGGUGUCAACUUUGCAUACUGACGCUGCUCAAAGUGCUUAAAUAUGAACGUUACUGUCCAAAAUAUAGUUCUGCCUUUACAGAAUUAUUGCCUUUUCUUUUUUAAUGAAGUGCUCGUAAAAAAACACAAGCUGAUCUUCUGCUGGGAAUGUAUUCAAGUGUGAUGAACCGAAGUUUAAACGGAUGGGAGUUUAAACGUUGUGUCUGAUGAUGAUGAUGAUGAUGAAGAGGUCAGAAUGAUGAAAUGAUGAUGGACAUCAGAUGUUUCUCCAGUUUACUGUACGUGCUAAAAUAUUACUUGUGAGGAGAAAGGCGCCGAGCUGUUAAUCACAUUCCAAAAUAAGACGACUUGACCAAAGUGUCGCUCAGUUUGUUUUGUUUCUUGCCUCUCAGAAGAGAUAAAAGUGCACUUGUAGUUGUACAGUGAGUGCUGGGGGGAUUAUCUGAGAAUAUCUUUGCUUUGUCUCAUGUUUGUGGACUUUGUGCUACUUCAAUGAAUCCUACAAAGGUCACGGAGACCCGAGUGCUUGCAACAGACUU